CACAAGAUUGACCUUGCUAUUGCUUGGAGGUUCGAGAAGAUUAUCUUAGGAGCCUACCAGUGGCUCUCCGAACAGUAUGAAGAGGGUGACCGCAUAUAUCUAUUUGGAUUUUCUCGAGGGGCUUAUCAAGUGCGCGCCCUGUCGGCCAUGAUAGAUAAGAUUGGCCUCAUUCACAAGGGCAACCAGGCUCAGAUUCCCUUCCCAUCGUCGGCCCCUACAGACAGGACCAAGACGGAUCAGGACCCAACCUCCACCCUUCCAACUGCAGAAGAAUCAGUAGGACGUUUCAAGGAAACUUUUAGCCGGAACGUCAAGGUACAUUUCAUAGGUGCCUGGGACACGGUAUCUUCUGUAGGGUUAUUCAGGGGUAAAGAUGCCCCAUUCACUGCCUGCGGGAUGAAUCAUGUUUGUCGUUUCCGCCAUGCACUUGCACUGGAUGAACGUCGGGUGAAAUUCCAACCUGAGUAUGUCCACGGCGGACGUCACUAUGGGCCCGGCAAAGAACCUUCUCCAAUAACAGCGAAAACGGGCUCUCGUAAGCGUCCGGUCCCACGUGUAAAGGAAGUUUGGUUUGCCGGUACUCAUUCUGAUAUUGGAGGGGGUAACAUUAAUAAUAUUAAGUUGAACCAUAGUGGUCCUCCGUUUCGAUGGAUGUCAUAUGAAGCGACCCAGGCAGGUGUCCGGUUGAAACCGUUC